CUAUAUAAUGUUCAUCUUUCUUUGCCAUUGCUCCAAUCAAUUCUCUCUCUCUCCGCCCCUCUCUCCUCCCUCUUUCUCUCUCUUUGUGGGAGAGACAAGAGACAGAAGCUUGGACAAAAUCAUGGCGCCAUCAAAGAAGUUUAGAGGCGUUAGGCAACGACACUGGGGAUCUUGGGUCUCCGAAAUUCGCCACCCUCUUCUGAAGAGAAGGGUUUGGUUGGGGACGUUCGAGACGGCGGAGGAGGCAGCGAGAGCGUACGAUCAGGCCGCCGUGUUAAUGAGCGGUCGAAACGCAAAAACCAACUUUCCGAUGAGCGAAACGGCGGCGCCAGAAUUAGAAAAACUCAACAACAUCACUACUCCAUCUUCAACAAAGGGCUUAUCAGAGAUCCUCCACGCCAAGCUUCGAAAAUGCAGCAAAGCGCCGUCGCCAUCAAUGACGUGUCUCCGACUCGACACUGAAAAUUCCCACAUCGGCGUUUGGCAAAAACGCGCCGGCCAACGCUCUGACUCAAGCUGGGUCAUGACGGUUCAUUUGGGAAAAGAAAACUCCUCCUCCUCCACCGCCGCCGCUUACGGCGGCAAUGACGACGGUGGGCGGUUGUGGAAUAGUAAAAAAAGUGGUGGCGCUUCAAUGGCGGGCGGUGGACCCCACAUGAGGAAUUUGCAGAUGGAUGAAGAAGAAAGAAUUGCAUUGCAAAUGAUUGAGGAGUUGCUGAGCAGAAAUUAUGGUAACCCAUCUGAAAUUCAAGUUCAAGAUCAUCAAGAGGAAGCAAAGCUAAGCCCUUUCUAAUUUAACUUCAAAUUAUUUACUUAUAAUUAUAUCACAAAUUUAUGAUUAAUUAUGUGUGCA